AAAACAAAACCCUUACCUUCCAAAUCUUGUUCCUUCUGGUAGCUUGGCACGACAAGCAUGGCGUCGUUCGUGUCUCUGAAAUCGACGAUAUUCGACAGAGAAGAGAAAAAACAGCAGUAUCAGGCACAUAUACGAGGCCUCAAUGCAUACGAUCGCCACAAAAAAUUCAUCAACGAUUACGUUAGUUUCUAUGGGAAAGAAAAACCUUCAAACUUAAAGUUGCCUAUUAAAACAGAUCAAGAUACACUAAGAGAAGGAUACAGAUUCAUACGUUCAGAGGAAGAUGAUAUGAAUCCAUCAUGGGAACAAAGGCUGGUGAAGCGUUAUUAUGAUAAGCUUUUUAAGGAAUACUGCCUUGCUGACAUGUCACAGUACAAGAGUGGUAAGAUUGGUCUCAGAUGGAGGACAGAGAAGGAAGUCAUAUCUGGCAAGGGCCAGUUCAUAUGUGGUAACAAGCAUUGCAAUGAGAAAGAUGGAUUAGCAAGCUAUGAGGUGAACUUUUGUUACUUUGAAGCUGGAGAAAACAAACAAGCCCUAGUUAAAUUGGUAACUUGUGAGAGAUGUGCACAGAAACUUAACUACAAGAGGAAGAAAGAGAAGGAGCAAUUAGAAAAGAGACUACAAGAACAAGAUGGAAGAAAGAGGAGUCGUUCAAAGAGCGACGAUGAUCUGGAUGAGUUCCAAGAAAGCAAGGAGAGAAGGAAGAAAGGGAAAAAGGCUUUGAUUUCAGCCAGUGAUCAUAUAAUUGAUGAUGAUGAUGAUGAUGAUGAUAACUUAGAUGAGUUUCUUGAAGGGAUGUUUCCCUGAUCUUAGCUGAUUGAUUGCUAUACCCGAUCCUGACACCAAAGCUGAGCAGAUAGAGAAGGUGAGGCAGUGAUGGGGGCAAGCGGGUGAUCUGCAGGUGGAUGCCUAAAACACUGGAAUGUGGUGACCAUGAAUGCUUUGGACAAAAAUAUUACCGUUUACAUUUUCUAACCCCUCAGAAUAUUGUGCAGACUAUAAUUGUAAAAUAUGGUAGGCAAGUUUGUAUUCUGUACAUCUUGUAUAGCAUCCCUUUUCAUAAUGUCAAUUAUGAAAAUUGCAAAGACACAAGUACCAACUGUUAUCCAUAUAUCAGGCGUAAAAUAUUGUGGAAAUUAUGAUUAUUAG